AGUGCGGUUUCGGAUCGUUUUGUGCCACAACUUGGAAUACCUGCGAUGUACCGCUGAACCGACCAUUUGACUAGUUUUAUCCUGGUAACGAAUGGCCACAAUUAUAAGCAUCACGUAUCAGACUAAUAGGAUGAUCACCUGAAGAUGAAUACGAACCGAAACGUGGCGGAUGGCGGUUACAAUUGCCGCGUAAAACUCGAUCAGGUGUUGGCUAUAAUAAUUCGAAAAGAAGGCUGUCGAGGAGACCCAGGGGAUUUUUGGAUGUACGAGAAUGGAUAUUUACUUUUUCAGGGUUUGCUUUCAUCGAAUUCCGUUUGUUGGUGGAACAACGGUCUUAAUGGAGCGACGAAGAAUCUAGUUUACUAUGGAUACAUCAACCCAGGGGCGUUAUUGGUGGGGUCAGAACCUUGUGCUCUGGAGAUUUUAAGGAACGCCUGGGCGAGGAGAGUGCUGCAGCCGCCGGCUGGAUACCAAAUAGUCGCUUUAGAAGACGUAGAACACUGCUCGACAGUUCAAGUGGCCCAAACGCAAUGGACGCCGCUGCCCGAGGCCGUGUGCUCGGUCAUCCUGCGGCUGUCCAGCCAGGGCAGACCCGCCGGCCUAGAAACGAUCAGGGAGUCCCUGAUCGUCGCCUUCCCGCACGUGUCGCCCCCUGGCGAGCAGGCGCUCUACGACACGCUGGUGCAGCUGACCAAGGAGCGGAAGCUCUACAACACGUCUAACGGAUACUUCAUCGUUACGCCCGAAAAAAGACGGUCCAGAAGUCAAUCUAGGGGUAGGAAGAAGGAUGACAAUGGAAUAGACAGCUUCACGAACAAAACCAUGCUCAUGUCGACCGAAGAGGCAAUGGCAAUCGUCCAUGGAGAUAUGGCAACCAUAAGGGAUGGAAACGUCACACACCAAUGUAUACAAACCAACUUAGCAGACGUAAUUUGUGGAGGCAAUGCCAGCGACAAAGUUCUAUAUCCAAGGACGAAACGGAGGUCAGCUUCGUUUCCAUCUCCGAGAAGUCCGGAUAGAAGAGGAUCCUUCAGGCUGUGGAGCUCUACCAGGCGAUUGAGGAGGUCAGCUUCCACCAGAACGAUCGCUAAACACUAUAUUGACACCAGCAGCAGCACCGAAUAUCCCAACAGUGGAGAUUCCACACCAACACCAAAAAAGGAAUCUUUGUUGUCAAGACUAUUCCGGCGAUCAAAACGUUCUCAGUGUCAUAUAGGAACCUUCAGUGCCCAGUUCCCUCCAACAGAAUGGUUCAACUCCAAAGCUGUGCAUCUACACAAUGUUGGAACCCAAACCACAGCCACAGAAAAGGAAACGGGUAUCAAUAUAGCCGCCUACUUAGAAAACUGUGAUAUCAGCGCAUCCAGAUCAACUACGUUACCAAGAAACCAUCGAAGACAUCUUUCCAGCGACCUCAACUGCGGAACGCCAUACUCCGGCUCCAGAGAAAAUUCACCUAUUUCAAGGUACACCAACUCUUACACUACCGGAUCUCUACCAAGAAAACACGCCUACAGGAGCAGAGACAGUUCCAGAAAAACCAGCAGGAGCAGCUUGACAAAACCCCAAGUACCUCAAGAUCAAAAACUCGACGAUAAAGCACCAGAACAAGACCAAACGUUGACUCCCAAGCUCAACGACAGAUUGUGUUUACCGACUGCAGAGUCUUCCAGAACUAGUCAUAAAUCCCCUAUAAACUGCAGCUACGAAGAUAAGGCGAGUUCUCUUCCAGAUACACCAGUCAAAAAUCUUUCCAGCAUCGAUAACAGCGGUCCGAGUAGCAUAGAGUCGCACAAGAGUAGCAAAACUGGAAGCUCAGUAACCAGCGGGCCUUCCAGUCUUGAAUCGCACAAGACAGUGAUCAACAGAAACCUACUGGACUCACCUAAAACAGACGCGAGAACUACCAGAAAAGUCACCAGGAAAGAAACAAGUACUGCUACCACCAAAACUAAAUCUACCCCAAGGACUACCACUAAUAUUUCGAGCCCGAAAUCAUCUCCGAUGUCACAUAGCAAUUCUUUCACCCUGCAAGUAACGACCAACCAGAAUGGCAUCAACAUGGAUAAUCAUAUCAACGCCACUGCAACAGCUGCCAUAAACAGUGGGGGAGGAGGGAACACGAAAAUUUUCGUGCAGAACUCCCCAGUCCGAUCGGUGAUCACGUUCGAGAAUGGCCAGGGAGACAAAAACCCAAACCUGGUGGUCAUUAAUAGUACAGAGGAAAAUGAUACAGCAGCAACACCAAGCGAAAGCGUAGAGGUGAAGCCAACGAAGAACACCAAUCACAUAGUCGAGACCCAGCACAGCUUGAACAACUCUAGGGAUAUGAUAAACAGCGAAAGCAAGUUCGAAGCCAUGAAUAACAGUAGGAAGCUAUCUCUUCAGCUUCCUUCUAGGGACAGUUUGAGCUACCACAAUGUCAUCAAAAACGUGUCCCACAAUCAGUUCAUUAGCAACUCCAACCCAGACUCACCGAUUGCCAAUACUUUCAGGGAGAUCACCAAGAACCCCUCUUUCACAAGUACCCCACCAAGCCCUACCAAGAGUUACGAGGGCAUUCCCAUGCUGUCUUCGGGUAAAUACAUAAAGAACGAAGUCGGCUCCAAGACUUCCCUGGAGAAAUCCUUGUACGGCAAAUCUCUGGAUAAGAAUCUGAUGGGGUCAGAGCCGAAUAUUUGCUAUAAAGAGCGGACGCUGACUAGGGAGAACAGCAACCAACAGUUCCCAAGCUUGAGCGACUUGAGUUUCAACUUUACUAGUCUGGCUGCUCAGAAAAUUCUCAAGGGUGUCAGUAUCAAUAGCGUGGACACGUUGGUCGAGCUCAAUAUGGCUGCUAAUGUCGAAAAACAGAACAAUUGCGAUGUGGUACAUACCGAUUUCGGUUUGGUUUGACUUACCUUAGGCAAACUUUUUUUCAUGAAAAGUUCGCUAUAAGGGUAACAACGAACGAAUUUAAAACGACAAUAUUUUUGCGAUCAAUUUAGGAUUGUAUACACCAGUUUAACUUUGUAGCUAUUUUGUAAUUUUGUAUAUUUAUUAUAUAAUAUUAUGUAAUUAUAUCAUAUUAUACGUAUGCAUCAAUUUUAUAACCUAUACAUGUACAGAUGGAGAAUUAAACGAAUCUAUUAU